CCCCAACUCCUUUCAAACGUCAGAACAUAAACGCAAAGUUCCCCAGCACACAAGUGUAAUCUACUUCUUACAUUCAUCAUUUUAAUCUUCUCAAACCCAAACAUCACUAGAAUUCAUCACCAUGUCUGACUGGGACAACGUCACCAAGAUUGGUAGCCGUGUUGGAGGCAGCGGUGCAGCUGCCCCACGUGAGAAGGUCGUCAGAGGAAACGCCGCUUUGAACGCUGCUCAGAGAACCGGCGGUGUCCUCAGUACCGACAAGAAAUACGCCUCUUCCAACACAAACUUCAGCACCGGAGGUCAGCGAGACACCAAGGUCGCCAACUCCGACGACAUCGUCAAGCCUCUGAAGGUCGACCCAAGGACCGCCAAGGCUAUUGGUGCUGCUCGUCAGAAGCUCGGUCUGACCCAGGACAAGCUGGCCCAGAUGUGUGCAAUUCCCAAGGCCGACAUCGCCUCCUACGAAAACGGAAGCGGAAAGCCCAACCAGCAGCACUUCAACAAGAUUGAGAAUCAGCUGAAGUGCAUCAUCAGAGGGCCCAAGCUUGGUCAGCCCAAGUUCAAGCACUCUCCGAGCCCGAUUGAGGGCAUGACUUUUUAA